GAAUUGUUGUCCACACGAUGUAUGAUAGAAUUGAAUCUUGUCUCAGGCUACUUGAUUUAAUCUACCGUUGGCUAACGUUUGUCACAUUCAAGGAGAUAAUACAUUCUCAUUUAGCCGCUUUAUUCGCAUUAUAAGAGUCGUAGACAUCUUUAUACAAAACUCUGCUUCUGGCUUGCUUGGCUAUUGAAGCCGUGAUGACUGCUUAUAUCCAAAAUUCUGUCAAAGAUUCAUACCGCAGUUCUUCAUCGCCAGCUACAGUUCCACAGAUAUUCCUUGAUACUCUUUAUGUCUACGCAUCAGGAAAAUAUGAACGGUCCAAGCUCGAUAUGGUGUCGUAUUUCUACGUUUAUAUUAAAGAAGACAUAACCCUUUGACGCAACAUAUUCAAUAUAAUUUCGUACAAAAGCCAAGAUACUAUUACUAAGCCCAC